AGUUUAAGUUGUCUCCUUUUUUAGUGGGGAGUUAGUUUCAUACUUAUUUCUCCCCUUCUUUAUUGGUUGUUGUUGUUUUUUUAAAUGUGGGUAGGUGAAGGGUUGUUGUUUUUUUUAAAAAAAUGUGGGUAGGUGAAGGGGGGAAUACUGUUUUUAACUCUGAGGCAUCCAAGUGUGUUCAUUAGUAAGAGCCAUGUAACAAAGCCAGUGUGGUGUAGUGGUUAAGAGCAGUGGACUCAUACUCUGGUGAACUGGGUUCACGUCUCCGCUCCUCCACAUGCAGCUGCUGGGUGACCUUGGGCUAGUCACACUUCUCUGAAGUCUCUCAGCCUCACUCACCUCACAGAGUGUUUGUUGUGGGAGAGGAAGGGAAAGGAGAUUGUUAGCCACUUUGAGACCCCUUUGGGUAGUGAUAAAGUGGGAUAUAAAAUCCAAAUCCAAACUCUGCAAAAUUUGAGAAAUUAAACUUCAUACGAUCUAUCCAUUGUGACCAAAGAAGUUUAUAAACUUGGGUUCAUUGUGUAAUCUACUGGUAUUUUGAGAUGCACAUUGUCACUUGCUGUUAGAGAAAUAUGUACAGUACUGCCAUUUUAGUUCAAGGCAGAGCUUACUCCCUAUGAAUCUUGGAACAUAAGGACAGAGUGAAAUUUCAAAAGGACCAGCUCUCACAAAUGCUUUCUGUCUUCAUGGGGAUGUCUUUAAAACAGGGGAGUUGAAUUUAAAACAGGGGAGGGAAAACUCUUCCAUCCCAAGGACCAUAUACCCUCAUGGGGAACGUUCCAGGACAACAUGCUGAUGGUGGGCAGGGUCAGAGAAAACUGUGGCUAGAACACUGGGUGUGUCUCCUGCUUUUGUAUGGUAGGCUACAUUCCAGCCAUUUAAAAGUCAGAGGUUUCUACACACAAGCACACAUCCUCUAACCAGGCAAGCAAGAAACACAGGCAAAACACAUUAUUGCGAGGCAAAAACAUUCAAGAAGGGCAUGGAACAGGGCCACUGCGGCCACUGGGGAGAGGGGGCAUGACCUCGAGAGGACUGGAGACUGCAAAAUCCCAAGGGCUGAAUAGAGACAAUUGGAGGGCCACAUUUGGGAACAGAUGGUUGACCCUACCUUAGCAGAAAUGGGAAAGAAUCUUAAUGAGGCGAUGAAGAUGUUGGAAGACAAUCAAAGGAAAGUGGAGGAAGAAAACGAAAAAAAGUAUACAAGGAAAGAUAUUCCUGGACCACUUCAAGGCAGUGGACAAGACAUGGUGAGCAUUCUCCAGUUAGUUCAGAACCUUAUGCAUGGAGAUGAGGAGGAGGAAUCGUUGCAGUCUUACCGGCUUCAGAACGUCGGAGAACAGGGUCACAUGGCUCUUUUAGGACACAGCCUGGCAGCUUACAUCUCUGUGUUGGACAGAGAGAGGCUCAGAAAGCUCACAUCCAGGAUCCUUUCUGACACUACGCUGUGGCUGUGCAGACUUUUCAGGUUUGAAAACGGGUCAGCGUAUUAUCAUGAAGAUGACCGUGAGGGCCUUUUAAAAGUCUGCAGACUUGUGAUUCACUCACGCUACGAAGACUAUACAACUGAAGGCUUUAACGUGCUGUAUAACAAGCAGCCUGUUAUAUACAUUAGCUCUGCAGCCAGAGCAGGCUUGGGACAAGCUCUUUGCAAUCAGCUUGGUUUGCCUCUUUCCUGCAUGUGCCGGGUGCCUUGUAACACAAUGUUUGGAUCUCAGCAUCAGAUGGAUGUUGCUUUACUGGACAAAUUGAUUAAGGAGGACAUUGACUCUGGAAAGAUACCAAUAUUAUUAGUGGCCAAUGCUGGUACACCAGGAGCAGGGCACACAGACAAACUGGGGCGACUGAAAGAACUCUGUGAGCAGCACAGCAUGUGGCUACAUGUCGAAGGGGUGAAUUUGGCUACUUUAGCUUUGGGUUAUGUCUCGUCAUCUGUACUGGCCGCAACCAAAUGUGACAGCAUGACCCUGACUCUGGGGCCCUGGCUAGGUCUCCCAGCAGUGCCUGCAGUGACUCUCUACAGACAUGAGGAUCCUUCUUUGUCCUUGGUUGCAGGCUUGACCUCUAGCCAGGCAGUUGAGAAGCUGCGUGCUCUGCCUCUGUGGCUCUCCUUGCAGUACCUUGGACACGAUGGGAUUGUGGAAAGAAUAAAACAUUCCUCUCAGUUGAGUCAACGGCUGUUGGAAAACUUGAAGAAUCAGGAUUUUAUUAAAACCUCAGUUGAAGAUGAACAUAGCUCUCCUGUGGUGGUAUUUAAGUUUUCCCCAGAACUGUCGCCUAUAGAUCAUAUGUUACAUUCUGCCCAAACACCUACAAUUACUGGCAAUGAGAGAUACAUUUGUGAUACUUUUAAUCAGUGGCUGGGAGAGCAGUUGUCUCAGUUAGUGCCUGCCAGUGGAGUUGACUUGGUAGAACUGGAGGAUGAAGGCGCUUGUGUGCGUUUUAGCCCAUUAAUGACUUCUGCAGUUUUAGGAACUGAAGUGCAAGACGUUGACCAGUUGGUGGACUGCCUUAAACUGAAGGUCCCAGUGCUGAUGUGCACACUGCAACUCAGGGAUGAGUUUGAGCAGGAAGUGAAAAGAACUGUAGGUCUCGCCUAUGUUGAAGACCUCAGCUGGCCAGGCCUUGGAGUGGUAAGGUACGAGGGGCAGAAUGAAGACAAACAGGAGAAAGAAGUGGAGAAGAUUAACAACGAACUAUUGAAAAAACUAAAUGAGCUGGAAUCAGAUCUGUUGUUUUCCUUAGGUCCAGAAUUUGGAGGGGAGAAAAACUGUAUUUAUAUUGGAAUGGUCACAGAGGACCUUGAUGUUUCUGAGCUGAUUGAAACUAUUGCGGCUACAGGCCGAGAAAUUGAAGAGAAUUCAAGGCUGCUGGAAAACAUGACUGAAGUUGUACGGAAAGGCAUACAGGAAGCGCAGGUUCAGCUGCAGAAAGCAAAUGAGGAAAGACUCCUUGAAGAGGGGCUGCUCCGACAGAUUCCUGUAGUGGGCUCUGUGCUCAACUGGUUUUCUCCAUUUCAUGCUUCACCAAAGGGAAGAACAUUUAACCUAACAGCAGGUUCUUUAGAAUCUACAGAGCCCACGUACGUCUCCAAAGUGCAGGGCACUGGGAACACCCCACCUCCCACUCCCACGUCAAGCCGUGCAAAGCAGAGGUUCCCUGGACAAAAGCUGUUUAGAAGGUCCUUGAGGAACUCGGAUGGGUUCAGUGAGACCAGCUCGGUGAGUCACAUUGAUGAUCUGGAGAGAGCAGAGCAGAGACCUGCUGCAGCUCCCCCUGCUGGGCAAGGUGAUUCAAAACAGCCAGACGAGAACAAGCUUCCAAACCCGGAAAGCGCUGAAGAUUCCCGGGGUGACAAGGCGAAGGUCCUGGCAAAUGACUGCACUACAUCCGAGGAACAAGAGAGUCUAAGAUAAAAUCUAGACGCUGUGCAUUUUAAGACUUUGUACAAAAAAAUGCACUCCCUCUCUAGCAGGGGCAGCCUAAUGAUGCAUUUAAAAUGUGAACAGUGCCACAGUUAGUACAGUAACGACUACUGUUAAACUUGUGAUCGACUGGAGAUUUUUGCACAAAGUUUAGUGGAAGAAGUCUUUUCUCCCCGCCCCACCCUCUUUCACCUUCUCUGCGGGGGACAUCACCCUGGUUUUUCCUGUACACUUUGUCAUUAUUGCUUUCGGUCCGGCUUACGUUCACAUUGCCCAGGUGGUAAACAGCAGUUUGUUCGCCACUGAAGUUUGCAAAUGCAGGAUACAGCUUGUCUCCAGCUGGCAUCUUAAAGAAUGAUUUGCUGCUGUAAUUUUCAAGAUGCUCUACCCAGACACUUCCCUUCAGGUUGGAAUGAUCAAUUGCACUUGGUGCUAUGUGUUUUUGUAAAAAAGAAAAGGUUCUAACUGUUUAAUAAAUCUACCAACUGCUCACUACCUUAUUUUCAAAUACCUAUUUUUAGAGGUAAAUCUAUAGGCACCCCUCCAUACGGUUCCCUUGGUUUUAUGAAUAGCCUUUAAAAAAAAUCUGAAAGUUUGCUUCAUGUGUACAUAUGUAAGUGAUUGAGCACCACUUUGGGCAAAAGUUUCGCAGUCCAACUGAGGCCAACAUUCCUCUUGUAGGAGUAUUCCUCACCAUGGCUGCUGGGAACAGAUAUCCCACACUUUCCUGCUUCAGGCCCAGUUAGGAGACAAACCCAAGCUUUGUUUAGAGCAACAGAAAGUCACCCCCUGAUCUCUUUGACACCUUUCAAAAGGUGUUCGUGAAACACUUUUGAGCUGACAAUGUUGCAUAUCUGUGAUGUUUCCUGUACUGCUAUCCUGGAUUGUUCUGAUUUGUAGUUUACAUUUGCUAGAUAUUGUAAAUACCCAGAGAAAUUGUUAGGUUAUUUACACUGCUGCACUAUUUAAAGAAAUGAGCUAACUUUUUUCUUUAAUCAAAGAGAAAAUACUGUAUUCAGAGGCCUGUUUCAUCCCCCUGUUAUAAUGCAUUCACUUUAGUGAUUGCUUUAAUUCUGUUCCUAUUGACCUUGCAUCUUUUCAUAGGGUAAGAAAUCCUAGGAGAGAGUUGAUGUGAUCAAUCCCCAGGCCAGUCUUUGAUCAAUUACUUCAAAAUCCAUAGUUUUUGUUUUUUAAGGGGGAUCGAUCCCCUUUUUCCUAAAGGACCUUUCCUGGAGUUAAUAGCUUCUCCUUGAAAUGACUGGUAACGAACUACCGCCUAAUUCUACGCAACCCGGCGGUGUUAAUCCUAUACUCGCACGGAUACUGAAUGGCAGUUUGCAAGGGAAUAUUACACUGAUUAUAUUUUGCCUUCCAAAAUAAAGCAGUGGCUACACCCAGGCACAGAAAAUGAACAUUCAACACAAGAGGAGUCCCACCACGUCAUAGUGGAAGAAGUUGCUUGUCUGAACCUAGAGUGGAACUGCUUUGAAACUCAAGUAACCAAACACAUAGUGAAAAUACAUAAAAGCCGAAGGUCAGACUGAAGGCAAAAUGCACCUAAUUUCCCACAAGAUAGUAACUUGUGGUCCAAGUUGCAUUAGCAGUCAGUUAUGUGUGCCAGGCGUGGAGAAGGUAGAUGGUGUGAGGGAAUCGGGAGAAGUUCAAGUGAUGGUCGUUGCAAUAUCUGGUUUGGUCCUUGGCCCAAGGAAGCAAAUUUCUUUGACAACAGGCUUGUAAUAUCCUUCAAAGUCUUUUCUUUGCUAGUGGAUUUUGAUGAGCAAAAUGCAUUGGGUAUCGCCUUGGUGUGUAAUGAGGACUACUGUUAAGUGUACUGUUGAUUCGUUCUUUAAGGAACUGGGAAUCCUUAAAAAAAGAGACAACCUUAAUAGGUUAGCUUUGUUUAAAUAAGAACUGGGGUGUUUUGUUUUGUUUUUAAAGUACAAAUUCUCGUCUUCCUUGGCAUUUUAUUUGGUAAAAUGAAUAUUAACUUGGGGUUCACUGAGGAGAAAUGGGUUGAAGUUAUAAUCGUUAAUACAAAUUUUAAUGUUUUUAUAUUGUUAAGCCAGCAGUUUUGCUGGGAUACAGACCUAAUUUAGAUACUUCCCAAAUGCUUCAAUAAAGGUUCUUCAACUUGUUAGUA